UACUGUUUGGUGAAGCUCGUCAAGAGGCGUCCUCGUCCAGGCGGUGCUGGCAGGUGCUUUUCUUGGUGCUGGAUAUCGAGUAGGCUGCAAGGACGCGCUGCUGGGCUCCCUAGCAGAGACGUGGUGAAGGCGCUUAGAGGAACAUCAUGAGCGAGGGGUAGAAAGACAGCACGAUAACCUGGCAGCUCAUGCGCGCGCGGUUAGUUAGAGGCCUUGGAGAGCGGGUGCCAGGCAGAGGCAGGUCGAGUAAGCUUCACUCAGUGUUCUAGCUUCCAGGAGCCAGCACGGGCCCUCUCGUCACCCGCGCCUGUGAGCCACCCCACACGCGCGCCGCCCUACCCCCCAUGCCCCGGCCCCCGCCUCCGCUCCCCUAGGAUCCCUGCUACUCCCGUCGCCUGCCUCUGCCUGCUGUCCGGGAUGGCCCCCAGCGCGCGAGUCCUGCUGUCCUGGUGACGUGACGCCAGCGAAUCUUAAAUAUGUUGAGACGGCUCGAUGCCUUGGCGGUGUGGUGGUGGUGGUGGUGGUGGUGUGGGGCGGGUGUGGUCGGCCUGGUGAUCGAGGGCCCCGUCACGCUCACCACCACUAGCGGGAGGCUGCGGGGUGAGCGCUACCUGCUGCACGACGGCUCGCGUGGCAUGAGGUUCCUCGGCAUCCCGUACGCCAAGCCGCCGCUCGGACCUCUUCGCUUCGCUGAGCCACAGAAGGCAGACGCGUGGGAAGGGGUGAGGGACGCUCGCUCCUUCGGCCCCAUGUGCUACCAGCCGCUGGAGAACGAAGUGUGGGACCUUGUGGAGUCAGAGGUUGACCUUGUGAAGUUCGAGAACCAGCUGAGGGAGGCGCUGGCGAGGGAGAUGGGCACGGAGCUGUUCGAGGAGGAGGUGGAAGAGGUGGAAGAUACGGUAAGGAAGAAAGUGGAAGUGGCGCACAAGCUGAAAAAGAAAAAGAAAGAACAGGAGGAGGAAGAAAGGUGUCGUGGACGAGGGAUGCAGGAAUGCGUCGAGUGGAACCUGGAAUAUAUUGAGGAGGGAGAGGAGGGGGUGGUGGAGCAGGAGGAGGAGAAAGAGGAGGAGGAGAAGGAGGAGGAAGGAGAGGAGGAGGAGGCGAAUAAGGAGGAGGAAGUGACGCAGACAGAUGCAGCGGUGGUGGGUGAAGCGUUCAGGACGAGAGGGCCAUCUGGUGGUGGUGAUGAUGGUGACAAUGGCGAUGGUGGUAAGAAUUAUAGUAAUGGUGAAAGUGAUGGUGGUGACGGCGGUGGUGGUGGCAGCGGCAGUGGUGGUGGUGGUGGUGGUGGCACGCCAGUUAUACCCAGAGGAAAAUCAAUAAGGAAAACACAAACGAGAAGAAUGAUGAGCGAGGGAAGAAUAAAGAAAUUAUCCAGAACGAAGAGGAAGAGCAAGAGAGGAAGAGAAUGGAAGAAGAAAAAGAAGAAGGAAGAAGGCAUUUUGAGAAAGAGCCAUAGGAAGGAAAGUGAAGGAAGAGGAAGAAGAGGAGAUAGAAGAGGAGGACACACGAGAAGGACGAGGCAGGACAAUGAAGGAGUGGCGGAGGAGGAGGAGGCAGGGAAGGACUAUCUCUAUAUGAAGGAGAAGAGCAUGAGUGAAUACAUUAUGUCAGAGGACUGCCUUACCCUCAACGUGUAUACCCCCCUCCUAGAAGGAGAAAGAGGGCGAGGAAGUGAAGGGCCCCACCGGAGGAAGAUGAACACCUCCCUGCCUCUGCUCCUCUACAUCCAUGGGGGCUCCUUCUACUCCAAUGGGGGGCGACUUUACCCUGGGGAGAAGCUGGCAUCCCUGGGAAUGGUCGUUGUGACUAUUAACUAUCGCCUGGGGCCUUUUGGGUUCCUAUCCACGGGUGAUGAGGCGGCACGGGGUAACUGGGGACUUUUAGACCAACGCCUCGCCCUCCUGUGGAUCAGAAGUCAUGCCCGUGCCUUCGGAGCCUCCCACACCAAGGUGCUCCUGCUGGGAAACUCCGCGGGGGCAGCCUCAGUCAUCCUGCACCUGGUGUCCCCGUUGUCCAAUGGCCUCUUCACCCGCGCCGUGGCACUCUCAGGCUGCGCCCUCGCCCCUUGGUCGCUACAGGCUAGGCCGCUGCACUUCGCUCAGAAGCUGGCGACGGACGUCGGGUGUUCACAGAGCGACACGCGGGAAAUGGUCAGCUGCCUUAGGAUGACGGACGCUGACACCAUCAACAAGGUGUACGGCGAGAAGUACGUGCAAGACGGCUUGUGGCUCGCGUUCGCGCCCGUGGUGGAGGGGGAUCACCCAGCCGCCUUCCUUCCUUACCCUCCCCGCAGACUGAUGGAGGAAGGCCGCCUGACGCCCGUGCCGCUGGUCAUGACCCUCACGCGGGACGAGGUCACCAUCUGGUUCAGUAAGACAGGACAGAGUGACAUCACCCUGGAGGACGCUGAGAAGUGGAUUGACAUGCUCAUGAAACAGAAAUACCCUGCCUUGGAGCCUCUUGCUCUGGCCGCCGUCAUGCAUGUUGUCCGCGCCUCCUACCUUUACGCCCGCGGCCACCUCGCUAACUCCACCACCACCACUACCACCUCCACCACUGCCAUCACCCCCACCGACGUCACCGCAACCGCCUCCAACACGACGAGCAACAACACCAGUACCACGGGACGCUCCAUGGCCCUCACCAAGGUCGUGGCCGAUUUGAUCUCAGACCUUGGGCUUCGCGUGCCGUGCGUGGAAGAGGCGCGGGUCCUCAGUCGCUGGACCACCAUUUACCUGGCCGAGUUCUCUUACUCCUCGCGGGACGACGUGCGUGUGGGCGGCCAGGACUGGAUAGGGUCUUACCACGAGAGUGAGCUUCAGUUUGUGUUCGGGCUGCCUUUCCUGGGUCUCGUCAACACUCUGAGGAGCCCGCAGGACCGCUCCGUGGCCGCCACCUUCAUGAAGCUCCUUGCAUCCUUCGCACACUCAGGGACCCCAGAGCUAUCAGGAGUGGUGUGGCCAGCCUACAAUCAAUCACACUUGGUCCACUUGCAAAUGAGUGACAGCCUCAGUUUGGGAUACAAUUUGGUGCAGCCGAGGUUGUGUUUCUGGGAGGAGCUCAUUCCUCUGCUGACGUUGUGGCCGAUCACGCCCCCAAAGGACGACCGCAGCGUCUCCUCCUGUCUCGCCCCACCCUUGCCUCCUUCCCUCAUGGCCUCCUUAUCGUUCUUCAUCCUCCUUUUUCUCAGAGACCGGCUCACCUAGAUAUCUUUUUUUUUUUUCACCCCGCGGAGUUGCACCUCAUACACUCAUAUUUUCUGCAUUUUUCAUAAUUACUGAUGUUUUGCCAAUCAGUGGCGGUUCCUUUUUUUUUUUUUUUGUGUGUGAUGAUAGGGAGGGGAGGUCGUCUUGUUAUAUGAACACUCACUCAUACACCCAAUACACGUGUUAUAGUGAGUGAUUCAGUUUGGUAUUCAGGUUGGGGGAGUAAAUACAAUCACUACCACCUUAGCUGUUUAUUAUGUUUCAUCUAUUUCUUAUCCCUAUCUCGGUUCUUUCACCAGCAUCAUUUUGUAUCUAUGAAUAUUAUCAAUAUCUACAUAUCACGAAUUUCAUCUUUAGAAAUUAAGAAAUCAGGAAAUGACAUAGUUUUGUUCUCAUGUCCUCUCAGCAAGACGAAAAAUGAGUGAUGUGCGGUGUUCCUGCUGCUGGUGGUGUAAAUAUUAUGGUACAACAACAUUACAACAUUAUACUGUCGAUGUUUUGAAUAGUCAAUGUUUUCCGAAAACAUAGUUUUCUAGAAAUGUGGAGCUUGAAGGCAAUGUUUUAUUAAUCAGUGUUAAUAAAAUGUUAUGUUUAGAUUCAAAUCAAUGUACUAUAGCAUAAAAAUGUAGGGAAUUUGAUUAUAUCCCUUCUCUAUAACUUUCGGGAAAUAGUUUCUUGGUGAAUUUCAUGAUGACAAGAGUGUUGCAUUCAUCAACCUCAUUAACUGGUUAGUGUACACAUCAUUUUACAUGCAUGACAUCGCUACAUGGGUUCAAUACUGAGUGUUGUUAGCUGUGGUGCCUCUCCUCGCUUCGGGAGGAGCCUUCGUGCAGAGGAAUUGACGAUCGUUUUCCUUGUCACGGUCACUAUACCCAUUCACUGAACAGUCACAACUCGCCGCGAUCACUUCUGCACUCACACAUAGGCAAUACAGACACACAAGACGCGGCACACUACACAACGCUGCCCAUCCACACCACCUCUUAGAAGAUGAUGGAAAGAAAAGACGAAUUCAGAGGGCUCUAGGAGACGAAAACCAAACAGCAACAAUCUUCAAUCGUCGCAACACUCCAGGUACACGUAACAUCUCGUUCCCUAGUGUGUGCCAAGAGGCUCCAAACACUCCAGGGACCCGUAGUUGCUGCGUCCCUCACUCUGCUGCACCUGGCCUCCCACAGAAGCAGAGGAGUGCUGUACGCUUCAUCAUUGGCUGGCGUACCACAGCGCACUGAUUCCCGCCACACUGGAAAAUUUCAUCCUUGACAUUGCUAUGCACAAAGAAAUAUGAUCUACAAAGUGUCUUUAAUAUUGAGAAGUCUCAAGAUCAGGGAUCAAAUACAUUACAAAUGAACCCAGCUAUAAUCUUAGUGUCAUCAAGAGUGUGAAAUAUCAUCAUCCACUGUAAAUAACGAUAUUGUAAAUUUGUAUGUACAAUUAUUAUACUGUACUAUGCAUAUACCACAGUAUUAUACCGCAAUACACCAUUAACACUUACCGCCUUGGAU